AUGGCGUCGUGGGACGCGCUGGUCGACGCCGCGCUCGCGACUCUAUCCGCUAGGAAGCUACUGUUCAACACACGACUCAUCACCCUCGCACCGCCGCCGGCGCUCACCGAGACCUUCGCCGGACCGGAGUCCUGGGACCGCGCCACUGUCGAGAUCCAGGUGGACCGCAACUCUCUCCAACAGUGGCUCACCACAAAUGGCGAGGUGAGUAUCCAAGAAGAGGAGGUGAGCCGGAAACUGAUUCUUUUCUCAGGGGACGACUACAUGUGCCUCAGCUCGCAUCCGGCAGUCCGCGAGGCUGCAGUCAAGGCAGGCAGCUCAAGCGUAUGGGAUGGGGCCCAGAGGCUCUUCCUUGAUCUGUGGCUAUACUACUUACCACAAACUAGUACGUGGAGGAAUCACUGGCGGAACUGCAGAAAAAGGAGGAUUGCCUUCUCUGUCCCACUGGAUUUUCGGCAAACACGUACGGCCUUGAUGACUGCCCUGGGUAGCAUCAGCUCUCUUUUGGCUUGUGCAGGGAGAAAACCUGCACCGGACGAGAGGAUCGCAAUUUUCUCAGAUGCCCUCAACCAUGCCUCAACAAUAGAUGGGAUAAGCAGUAGCCUUUGUGUACAACCACUCUGA